CGGCGCAUAGUAUUGGGGUUGUUAAACUACAUAGGACGUUAUGGCGGACUCGCUUGAAUGUGAAUCAGCAGCAGCUUUAUUGAGCAUGAAAGAUGGAGGAAGACUAGUUCAACCACCAUCAUCACCUGGAAGAAGAGGAAAUCCACCAAGAAUACGAAAGAGAAACAGGUUAAUUUAUAAUGAUGAUGAAGACACAUCAUAUAGCCUUUCCAAAUCAUCUCCAAGAAAAAAUCCUCGUGUUUCAUCACCUCCAACUCCGGGAAAUCCUUCUGUCGCAGAUAAGAGAGCAGCUCAGAAAGUUGGAAGUCGUCUUCGAAACCUUUUGAAACUACCAAAAGCCCACAGAUGGGUGUGCUAUGAAUGGUUUUAUUCAAAUAUUGACCAGCCACUUUUCUUUGGAGACAAUGAAUUUUCAGUGUGUCUUACGGAAUCUUUUCCUCAGUUAAAGACUAGGAAACUAAGACGGGUAGAGUGGGUCAAGAUCCGAAGGAUUAUGGGAAAGCCUCGAAGGUGUUCAUCAGCAUUUUUUACAGAAGAAAGGGAAGCUCUUUACUCAAAAAGAAACAAGAUACGUCAGCUGCAACAAAGAAAAGUGGCAGACCUCACUAAUUAUCGUGAUCUUCCUGAUGAAAUCCCUCUUCCUUUGGUGAUUGGGACAAAAGUCACUGCUCGACUCCAUAAUCCAUGUGAUGGGCUUUUCAUGGGAAGUAUUGAUGCUGUUGACACCACAAAUGCCACUUAUAGAAUCACAUUUGAGCGAUCAGGAUUGGGGUCACAUUCCAUACCUGAUUAUGAAGUUCUGAGCACAGAACCACAGGAAACAAUGCCAAUAACUGCUUUUGCCCAGAAACAAAGGCCACGGAAUAUGUUCUACACCCCUCCAAGAUACAUUCCCGAACCUUCCUCUCCACAGUUGGACAAUGACCCUUUGUUAGCUGGCUCUCCCAUUAAACCAGGGCUUUCGAUAAAAGAAGGAGAUACAGUUGGAGGCUUCCCUGUGAAAUUUUUGUUGCUAAUGGUGCGACUCACAAAAAUUCUUUCUCUAAAGAAACUAAAAAUAUCAGAAUUAAAGAAGAUGAACACAGAAGCCGAAAAAAUGUGUUCGUAUCAACAACCUAUUCCUUUAGAAUUCCAGAAAAGAUAUGCAUCAAUAAUUUUGGAAUUUGAAAAGAUGAACAAGGAUUUGAAUGAACACCUACUAGAAGUUCAGCAGUUCUGUUUGGAGAUUGCCCCAGAACAAGGUCUUCAGCCUGUAGUUCAACCAGACAUGGUUAGACAAAAAUGUUUACAAGAAGCUAAAGAUAUUGUGAAAAAGUGGAACAACACAGGACAAAAUACCCAAUUAGUAAGGAAUGAAAAAAUACUGGACCUUGUUGCCAAUCUAACCUCUUUAAUGUUGCAAGUAAAAAAUCUUGCUGAAAAUGAUCUGAAUUCUUUUGAAUUGAAGUCACUUUCAGACUCAUUAUCAGAAAUACAAACUGGUAUCGAACCACAGAACAUUAGUGUAUUCCAGAACGAGGUGGAAAUUCACAUCAAUCAUAUCCAAGAAGGUUUGAGUCAGAUGGGUAACUUACAUGCAUUUGCAAACCACAAUAUUCCUGUUUGAGAAGAUAAUAGAUAUCAACGAGUUUCUUUUAAUGGAAAGAAUUUUUGAUUUUAAGUAUUAUUUAUUUGGUCAUUUUUAACUUCAUAAAAGAAUAAUAUAGAAUGUAGAAUGUAAUAUGAGCACAAAAAGUUAAAAUUUUUAGCAUUGAAAACUUUAUAGACGUUACAUUUUUGAGGGAAUCUCGUGACACAAUAAAUCGUUUUUCACUUUGAUAUAAAUUAUACAUAUUUUAAAAAUAUGAAACUUGAUUUUUGUUAUGUGUUGUUUUAAACAUAUUUGUGGAAUUAACGUGUAAAGCAUUUUUAUUUUAGAAUUGCUUCUAGAUAAAAUGAAUUAGCAAUACAAAUGUGUGUUAUAUCUUUUUGAUUUUUGUAUCAUAAUUAUUAGGAGUUCUGUUGUAUAAUGCAAACAGGAUUAUUUUAAUUUCUAUUGAGAAUUCAAUGCAUUUUGCUGUUUAAAUGAAAUAAGUAGAACCUUUACUACAAGUUAAUUUUUUUGUAAAUUUGUAUAAAAUGUCCCUAAGGUAUUCAAAGUAAAUUAAAUUUUUUUUAAUGUGUAUCUGAAGUUGCAUAAUAUAUUUCUAUAAUUUGAGUUUUUAUUCAUGUUGUUUAUUCUUUAAGUUAGAAUUUGAUUUUAAACCUAUCUUCAUAAAGUAACAUUCAAGAAUAUUAAACUAACUUCUGACCAGAGCUUCAAGAAUAUUGCUCUGAAUUGUUUUAAUUUCACUAUAUGUACUUUGAGCUGCCCAAAAUAUAUAUAAACGUGUCACAUGGGAUUAUCCUAAACCUUAAGUAACCUUAUGUGAAAUGUUUCAUUUGUAACAUAAUGGUUGAAAGGUGCUGAUAUUGAGAAGAAGCACUAAAGUAUUUAAAGUAUA